GUAUCGAUUUUAGAAAGUGUAACUUGUGGAAUAUAUAAAAAUGUUCGGUUGGUUCAACUUUUCACAUGAGAUUGAGAAGGUGUCGUAUCAAAAUGGCCGUUUUUGGGUUUUUUACGUUCGCCCUUAUCGUAUGGUUGUGCGUACAUGAUGUGAAGAUGAAAACUGUGCAGUAUGAGGCAGGAAAUGACGAUAGAUACUUACAAUGGAUCUGUGAAGACAACACGUGCUCCAAGACCAGCAGAUCGAACAAGACCACCAAGCCACUUCUACCACUCGAGACCUGCAGAAAAAUCUGUCCAGAUGUGGUAAUAUGGCCAGAGCCUAAACAUUUCAGGUUCGUUUCAGCCAAAAACCAUUCACCCUUCCUCAAAUCAAAACUAAGAGUCGACGUGCAAGCUCCACCAAGAACCACAGAAGCCAUCAACAAGUUCCUCGAGAUCUUCAAGGGAUAUUUAAAAGACAAUGAGACAGGAAAUGAUGGGAGCAUCUUGAAGGUGAACAUCCAGGUGUCUGAUAAGAGAGACGAUGUACUCCUGAAUUUAGGAACAGAUGAGAGUUAUAAGCUUAACGUCAGUAAAAGUGCAGCCAUCACUGUGACUAUAGUAUCAACCACUUUCUUUGGAGCUAGGAAUGGGCUUGAAACUCUUUCUCAACUGAUUUGGUUUGAUCCUUAUACCGGAAAUCAUCGAAUUCUACACGAUAUAGCAAUAGAAGAUGGACCAACCUUCACAUAUAGAGGAGUUAUGGUUGAUACAUCUAGAAAUUUCUUUCCCAUACCACUCCUGAAGAAGAUUGUCGAUGGAAUGUCCUACUCCAAGCUGAACACUCUGCAUCUUCACCUUACAGACGCUGUAAGCUUCCCUAUGAAGUUCAAGAAUCUUGAAUGGUUGGCAGAUGGUGGAGCUUACACUCCCACGAUGGUAUACACCGAAGAAGACAUUGAGGAUUUGAUGCAAUAUAGCUUAGUCAGAGGUGUGAGAGUUCUUCUGGAGAUAGACGCUCCAAGUCAUGUCAGUACUGGAUGGCACUCGAAUCCAAGGGAUGACAACUUGGUUAUAUGCGACCAAGAGGAUGUUCUCAAUGGGCAUUUGAACCCAGACAAUCCGGGAAGCUUGGAAGUGUUGAAAGACGUUUACAAGAAUCUCUUGAGGUUGAUGAAGAACGAUGACCUUUUCCAUAUAGGCGGAGACGAGGUUAACCUAGACUGUUGGAGGGACACCAAAGCAGCAGAAAAUGAAACGGAUAUGACAGUCUUUUGGGCAGGUUACACCAACCUCAUGUUGGAAAAACUGAAAUCAGCUAACGGCGACAAACUCCCCAAAAACAUCAUCAUGUGGUCGAGUCCCCUGACCAACUACCGCUACACCAUCGACGAAUUGAAACAUAAAGAUCGCUUGAUCGUGCAGUAUUGGUUUGGAAGCACCAAUGGUAUCUUAGGUCAAAACCUGAGGAUCAUAUACUCCACCGUUGGUCACUGGUAUCUGGAUUGUGGUUUUGGUCCUUGGAAACCCAGUCAAAAGAAUGGAGUUUGCGAUCCUUUCACCUCCUGGCAGAAGUUCUACGAGUACAAACCGUGGGAGAAUGAGUUUGUUAAGAAUUUAACGGAAGGUGGUGAGGUUUGUCUGUGGGCAGAGCAAGUGGCGGAAGAAUCCUUGGAGACAAGGAUAUGGCCCAGAGCUGCAGCCUUUGCAGAGAGAGUUUGGAGUGAUCCAGUUCGCGUGGAGGGGGAUGUAUACAUGAGAUUGGAUAAUUUUAGAGAGAUUUUGAGGUUUAGGGACUUGGAGGUUUCUGCGAUCUGGCCAAAAUGGUGUACUAUGAAUCCUGGUAGAUGUAAAUGAUUUUUGUGAAGUUUUUUAUAAGUAUAAGUUUUUUAUGAUGAA